UUCCCCACAGGACUGGGCCCCAAGUGGCACGAUGGCCCCACAGUCCCGGCGGGCAUCUCUCAGGGGUGCUCUGCUGCUCUUGCUGUUUGGACACCUAGCCCCGCUCGCCACCACCAGCCCCCUGCGCAUCUGCGCCUUCAACAUCCAGAGCUUCGGGGAAGCCAAGGCAGGCCGGCCACGGGUCAUGGGAGUGCUGGUCAAGGUUGUGGCCCGUUGUGACAUCUGCGUGGUCCAAGAAGUACGGGAUGCCAAAGGGGAGGCUAUUCCUGCCCUGGUCAGGAAACUGAACAGGUAUGACCCAGCUCACCACUACGCCCACCUGGAGAGUGGCAGAUUGGGUCAUGGCAGGUACAAGGAACAGAACGUCUUCAUCUACAGGGCAGAUGUGGUGACAAUCACGGACUGGUACCAGUACCCAGAGCCCAGCCCGGAGCAGCCAGGUGCUUUUGCCCGCCAGCCUUUCAUCGCCCGCUUCCACUCACCAACAACAGCCAUCCAAGACUUUGUGCUGGUUUCCCACCAUGCCUGCCCCAGGAACGCCCCCCAGGAGAUAGACCAGCUUUACCAGGUGUUCCAGGAGGUCCAACGGCGCUGGAGGGUGGAGGACAUCAUGCUACUGGGGGACCUGAAUGCAGCCUGUGCUUACGUGCCCCUCAGGGCCUGGCCGGGCAUCAAGCUACACAGCCACUGUAGCUUUCACUGGCUCAUUGGGGAUGACCAAGACACCACUGUCAGCUCCAAGACCCACUGCGCCUAUGACAGGAUAGUGGUGCAUGGGGAGGCCCUCCUACAGGCCAUAGUACCUGGCUCAGCCAAACCAUAUAACUUCAAGAAGCAACUGGGCCUGUCAGAGGAAGAGGCUCUUGAAGUCAGCGACCACUAUCCCGUGGAGGUAGUGCUGCGAGCCGCAGGCCACAAGCACCAAGAGUUUUGA